AUGCCAAGCAAGCUAAAGAAGGCAAUUGGCGCAGUUAAAGAUCAAACAAGCAUUAGCCUAGCCAAGGUUUCUAAAUCCAAACCAUCAAACAUUGAAGUUAUAAUCCUCAAGGCCACCAGACACGAUGAAGUUCCUGUUGAUGACCGCUACAUAAACGUGUUGCUUCAAUUGAUUUCUUCAAACAAAGUUGUUGCUGUCGCUUGUGCACAAGUCAUUGCCAAGAGAAUCGGCAAGACCCGGAAUUGGAUUGUUGCUCUUAAAUCCCUCAUGCUUAUUCUCAGGAUUUUUCAAAAUGGUAACCCCUUUUUCCCUGUAGAAAUUGCUCAAGCAAUGAAACGUGGUCACAAGAUUCUCAACCUGACAAAUUUUAGAGAUGAUUCCAAGUCAAGCCCUUGGGAUUUUUCUGCUUUUGUUAGGACUUUUGCCUUCUAUCUUGACGAGCGUUUGGAUUGUCUUCUUUCGGGGAAACUUCAAAGAAGAUAUAAAAAUGGAGAAAAGGAGAACCAAGGAGCUCGGACAGACCACAAGCCUAUUACUGACAUGAAACCAACACUGCUGCUCGACAGAAUAUCAAGUUGGCAAAGAUUGCUUGAUAGAGCCAUUGGCACAAGGCCAACUGGUGCAGCCAAAAGCAACAAAUUGGUUCAGAUUUCUCUGUAUGCAGUUGUACAAGAAAGUUUUCACUUAUACAGGGAUAUAUCUGAUGCACUGUCGUUUCUUUUAGAUAGCUUCUUCCAUCUACAAUACGAAUCAUGUGCCAGUGCCUUCCAGGCUUGUGUGAGGGCUUCAAAACAAUAUGAAGAUCUCUGUUCAUUUUAUGCAUUUUGCAAGAGUCUUGGAAUAGGAAGAACCUCUGAAUACCCAAGCGUGCAAAAGGUGUCAGAUGAGCUUAUGGAAACAUUAAAAGAAUUUUUGAAAGACCAAGCUUCUUUUCCUAACAAUGGCAGCCGAUCGCCAGUAAUGCUUCUUCCAGCUCCGCCACCAGUGCCAAAUAAUAAGGAGCCUUGUGAUGAAUAUAUUUACGAUAAAUCCUCAGGGCAAACACAGAGAGAAUUUCAAUUCGAAUUCGGUUCGCUAGGAACAAGCCCAAGUGAUUCUUUUGAGCAAUAUUGCUCAUCAUCACGAUCUGAUCAACAGGAAUUUGACAGUAUUUGUACCCCAGAUACUAUAUCAAACAAUUCUUUGUUCCUUGAUCAAUGCAAAGAUAUGACUUUGGAUAUUUUAUUCUUAGACGAAUCCACAGCAGGAGACCAUAAUCGACGUGAAAGCAAUGACUGGGAGCUUAUGCUUACAGAAACUGCGCAACAACAAUCAGAAACUUCAACAAAUGUGCCAAUUUGGGAGGAUUUCGUUCAUCAGCCUUCUUUGCCUGAACAGAAACCAUAUAAUCCAUUUCUACAAGAUGCAAUGGAUGCAUCAACCCCUGUCAAUGGUGAACAAGAAGAAUUUGAAAUCAGUACAGAUACGUUUUCAGUGGCGCCAACAUUUCGGGCAACACCAACAUUUGGCAGGGAUGAUGUUGACCAGUUUACUAUGGAAUCGCAGAGCCAAGAUGAUCCGUUUGAGACGUGCAUGACUGAGAACCAUAUGCACAACAAUAACGGGUCUCCAGAUCACCAACUGGUGUUACAUGAACAACAACUGUGGUUACAGAAUCAAAGCAAGAUUAUAGCAAAGCACAUGGCUUAAUUUAGGAAAAAGAAACAUAGAAUCGUGUAAAUUUGUUUGCUUGUUUAUACUUAGUUAUUAACAGAUCAGUCAGUUGCUUA